UCAUAAUAUUUACAUGACAAAUAUUUUGUUCAUGCAGGUUAUUUGUGUGUCCUCAUACCGCGACUCCACUUGUGUGAUUGAAAGUUUUGCUGAUAAUCGUUUUUGUUGUUUCUUACACUUUGUUGAACAAGCUAAUUAUAAAAGUGCAUGCAUCAAAACCUUCCUUGGUGAGUAGCCUUUUGACCCACAACAAGAGUUUUGCGUAAAUAUUAAAUGCAUCCAUAAAACAGUGGCCACAUUGAAAAUAAAGCAAUUGGGGGGUCGUGAGACAGCGUAUUCGGGGGGUCAUGAGACAUGCUAUUUCCGUAAUCUAGGAACAUUUAAUAGUAUUCUACAGCCGUAUCUCGCAUUUCUGUGUUACGUUUAGUGUUAUUUACACUGUAUUGGAUAAAUACAGGGUUUUUGAUAAUUAAUUAUUUAUUUUUCAGACAUUAUGGUGCGUCAUAAGUAUAGUCAGACUGUUAAACCUGCGAUUGAUGCCAAUGUUUUUGUGGCUGCUAUUAAGGAGGUUACAAUCGCGAAAAAGUCUCUACGAUCCGUUGGUAGCGCAUAUAAAAUCGAUAAGUCGAAAUUGGCGCGCUACAUUUCAAGUCUGAUGGAAGCGAACAUAGACCCCACAACCACUUCGAAUGAAAAACUUGUUGAUUUUGUUUCAAAUUUACUCAAGAGAACUGGUGGAAAAAAGAUAUUUAGCGUAGAACAAGAAGACGAGUUAGUGCAAUAUCUUCUUCGUGCCAGCAAAAUGUACUACGGUUUGUCUAUUUGUGAGUUUUCCAAAUUGGUCUACGAGUUUGCAAUGAAGUGUAACAUUGAAUAUCCAGUGGAGAGAUAUCAAUUAUAUUGUAGAAGCCAAUAUAUGCCUUUUUAA